UACAAGCAUCCAAAGAUGGCGUUCCUCUCGUAGAAGGGACUUACUGGAAAAUUAACUAUUGCUAUUGUUUAUUGAUUGAAGUUGCAUUUUGACAGAUACAUGAUGUCUCUGGAAAUGUUUGCCUGCUGUUGAUGAAUAGAUAUUUUCCUCAACCAGAAUGGCGGGAGUAGAAUAUACUGCAGUCGGCGGCGAUUCCUAUACGGAAAACCUAAUUGGAACCUUGCUGGCCAUUUUUGGUAAUUUGCUUGUCAGCAUCGCUGUAAGCAUUCAGAAAUACAGCCAUGUAACAUUAGCAGGGACUAAGGACCCCCGUGCCUUCUACCGAACCAAAACAUGGUGGUGUGGCCUGGCACUUACCGUUCUAGGAGAAGCAGCCAACUUUGUCUCCUAUGCCUUUGCACCUUUAUCUCUAAUCGCUCCAUUGAAUGCAGUGUCUGUCAUAGCAAGUUCAAUCUUAGGUUUCAUUUUCCUGAGAGAGAAAUGGAAGCCAAAAGAAUUUUUAAAGCGAUACGUUUUGUCUUUCCUUGGAUGUAUCUUGACGGUAGCCGGGACCUACCUCUUUGCCACGUUCGGACCCAACUAUCACCAGAAGCUUACUGCGGAGAACAUAGUGAAACAGGUCGUAGGAUGGCCCUUCCUCUUGUAUGUGUUACUGGAGAUUAUUACCUUCUGUCUUCUGCUGUACUUCUACAAGCAGCGCAACGCUAAUUACCUUGUUGUCAUUCUCCUGCUGGUGGCGCUGCUCGGUUCUGUGACGGUCAUCACAGUGAAAGCGGUGGCAGGCAUGCUGGUUCUCAGCGUCCAGGGCACCAUGCAGCUCAACUACCCCAUCUUCUACGUCAUGUUUGUCUGCAUGGUUGCCACCGUGGUCUUCCAGGCUACGUUUCUCUCCCAGGCUACUCACCUGUACAACUCCUCCAUGAUAGCCUGUGUAAACUACAUCUUAUCCACGUCCUUUGCCAUUGUCGCAGGAGCCAUAUUUUACCUGGAGUUUAAUCACGAAGACAUUCUUCACAUAUGCAUGUUUUUGUUGGGAUGUUUCUCUUGUUUCCUGGGAGUCUUCCUGAUCACCAAGAACAGGAAGAGGCUAAAGGCCUUUGAACCUUAUGUGACAAUGGACAUGUCGCAAGGUAAUGAAGGUAUUCCCACCAUUCACGACAAGGGCUGGCGAGCGGUGCAGCCGGACUAUAACGGUUCAUUUUCCUAUGGUGCCCUGGUUAACAAUGACAGCGUGGUGCCCGCCACUCUACCAGAGCCGGAUCAUGACCAGCUGGCAGUCACACCCAGUCCCACCGCUGCCCCCUAUAGUUCGGCUGACCUGAAGAACGACUGAGGCACCCUUCAGACGUGCUUCAAACCAAUGCCCCCCCCCCCCCCCCCCCCCGUAGGCUGCGUCUCAAUCCUCCACCCUUCUCCUGAAGUGGUGCACACGUCUGGAAAAGGGUUCAGAAUAGGGAUGUAACCAUAGACUCAGUGUAGGAUGAUGUCAUCAUUACUAUGUUACCCCCAUCUGGCCAUGUAUAACAUUAAGGAAGUGUUUUGUGGGUUGUCAGAAUCAUGCUGUACAGCAGUGGUUCCCAAACUGUGGGGUGCCCCCCCCCCCCCCCCCCCCCCC